UUUCAUUGAGUCAGUGCAAACUUUUAGCUUCUCGAGGAAUCAUCGCGUCCAUAUUUUAUACUCAUACCAUAUCUCACGUCAAAAAGAUACUUAAAUACUUGUAUUUUGUUUAACUUUAUUUAUUUUUCUUACUGUAAGCGACAACCGCGGUGCCUUACGCGAAAUCGGAAGUUUUUAUUGUGAUACAAAAAUAUUUUAGAAUAGUGAAAUAUUGUCUCAAGUUCUUGUUUAUUAAUGAAAUAAACUUUGUCGGUAUUUUUUGUUGUGAUUUUUUGAGAUAACCCACCAUAAGAUGUGUUCCUAAAAUAGUUUCUGAUUGUUCAGAGUUUUUGUUCUGGAAAAAGAAAACAAACGACGAAAAAUCCUUUACUACAGGAAAGUGCUAAGUGCUUUCGGUUUAUUUUUGUGGCUGGUCUAAAGGAUUUAUUUUUCUGUUGAUAAUGGCUGGAGAGGAUCAGGAUCUUUUGGAAAAUACUGUCAAAGUCAAAUUACUAACAAUUCAAAAUGGACAGAAGCCGGAAAAAGGAGUGAUACCUUUUUCAGAAGCCUUAGAAAAAACAAAGUUUGGAAAAUUCAAUUAUUUCCUGAUAAUCAUUGCUGGUUUAGUCCUGGCCAAUGUUCUUCUCGAAACAGCAUCAAUUGGAUUUAUCCUGCCCAUUUCACAAUGUGAUCUUAAAUUAACAAACCAAGAUAAAGGAAUUCUAAGUGCUAUCGGAUUUGCUGGAAUUAUCUUAAGUUCACAUCUAUGGGGUUUCUUGGCCGAUACCAAGGGUAGGAGAAAGGUUAUCCUGCCAACUUUAUUAAUGGCUUUUGUAUUCACUGUGCUCUCAUCCUUCUCGCAUACAUUUUGGGUUUUGGUGCUUUUGAGGCUUGUCAAUGGAUUCUUUGUUUCCGGAGGAUCAGCAACUAUAUACGCGUAUUUGGGAGAGUUCCAUACUGAUCGUUCCAGAGCCCGUGCCAUGAUGGGAUCUUCGUUUAUAUUUGCUCUUGGCGCAAUGAUUCUCCCCCUGAUUGCAUGGCUUAUAAUCAACCAAAGCUGGACAUUGCCAAUAUCAUUUCUGGGAAUAACCUACAAGCCAUGGCGUUUUUUCAUGAUCGUUUGUGGUAUACCUGGAUUUUUGUGUGGAUUAUUUUUAAUUUUCUUGCCAGAGAGUCCAAAGUUUUUGCUAUCUGUGGGUAAAGACAAGGAAGCAAUUGAUGUUUUGAAGAGAAUGUACCGAUGGAAUGUGGGAGAUGAUACGGAAUUUGAGCUAAAUGGACUUAUUCCAGAAAAAGACACAACCAUACGUAAAGAUGAAGCAACUGAUAAACAAUCAAAUAUUGUAACUGCUUUUUUGAAAACAAUGUGGGCUCAAACAGUGCCUCUAUUUGAAAAAAAAUACUGCCGUAUAACUGUGAUAAUUUGUACUAUUCAAUUUUGGAUGUACGUGACUACAAAUGGAAUGUAUAUGUGGUUUCCGCACAUAGCAAACAGUAUGGUUGAGUUUAUGAAAGAACAUCCUGGCAAUAGGACUCUUAUCUGUGAAGUUGUCUAUGCCAAACAUGCUUCAAUUUAUAAAGAAGAUGGGACUAUUAAUUGCCAAAGCAGCCUGGAGGAUAACACCUUUAUGUAUUCGUUGGUUAUGGAGAUUCUCUAUGCCACAGGAUUUGCUGUGAUUGGAGUGAUAAUCAACAAAGUUGGAAAGAUUCCUAUUCUUUUUGUUGUGUUGGUGUUCUUUGCAUCGUGUGGAAUUGCAUCAAUUCAUGUGGAUAAUCCUUCCAUUUCAGUUUAUCUUUAUGUGCUAUUGUUUUUAGCAGGAGUUGGAAUAAAUGUGUUGGGUGCUGCCACCGUUGAACUGUAUCCAACUCAUUUGAGAUCCAUGGCAAUUUGUAUUUCAUUGAUGUUUGGUCGUCUAGGAAGUGUUGUGGGGGCAAAUAUCGUAGGUCUUUUGCUUGCUAAAAAUUGCGAAUCAACAUUUUAUAUAUCUACAACGGCUCUGAUACUUUGUGGUUUCUUGGCAUUCCUAAUACCAAAAGAGCAAAAACAAAAAGGAGAUGAAGAAGCUGGUCUUGAAGAUUAAGGCCAUUAUAGACUGAUUUAAGAAUAAGCUAAAAAAUAAUUUUAAGUAUUUUAGUAAAUAAAAACAAUUUACAAAAAAAA